AAUAAUCAAAUUGAAAUUAUGGAGAUGAUCAGCAGCACUGCUAAGUAAUAAUUUUACAAUUAUCACUUUUCAUUUACACCUACUUAAGUUGUUGUUACUGCACUGCGUGCUUUUGCUUCGAGCGCAAUUGUAAGCACGAAUAUAAGCCAUAUCUCAAGCAAAUUGCCAACUAGUAGUUUGCUUUAAAUGUACGUUUUCGUACCUAAAUGAUUACCAUCGCGCAUAUGUAUUCUUACAUAAAUAUGUAUUGUAUGUAGCAUGUACUUACGUGGUAUGUGCAAACGCGUUUACUUGGCCUUUUGUGAUUGCUGAUAGAUAAGACCACUAAAAGAAAUCACCAAUAAUUCGUUCACUCAAUGCAAUUCGUCGUCAUCGUCGUUGUCGCUGUCGUCAUCGGUCGGUCAAGUAGCGCACAUAUGUAUGGGGUGGCAUAUUACAAGUUACCUGCAGCGUAAGCAACAAUAACAAAAGUGAAGCAUACAUACAUACAUCAAGUUCUUGAGUGCGUGAUUGGCAUUGCUUUCAGACAUACAUACAUCCAUCUGCAUUGUGUUAUUUUUUUGUGUCUUUUGUUGCAUUGUUCUAGCUGUCAGCCCUGCUGCUGUACGAUUGCCUCUCUACACGCAUUUUUCGCCAUAUUUGGCCUUUCGCACAAGAUUAUCGCGCGCACAUCCUGGUGAAUCGCAGCAGUUUUGCUGAUUGUAUGGCAUUACAAUUUUAAAUCAACUACACUGUUUUAGAGCGGCACAAUGUUAACGCCAUUCACCAUAAGACACAGUUCAGCAACAAGUAAAAUUUGUUCACUGUUGUUGUUGCUGUUAGUAAUUUGUCAACAUGUCGCUGGCAUUUUGGGCAAAUCGCAAAUGUGCGAAGUCGAAACGGGACAAACAAAUAUUAUAUUGGACAUUGAGGAGAGUCGUGGCGAUUUUAUUGGACAACAAACCACGCCGCCAGAAUUGCCAAUUUACGGUGAUCCCUACACGGAAAUUGCACUGGAUCUAGUCUUCCCAAAGGGGAAUCCAACAUUCCUGCUCGAAGGCAAGAAACUGCAGCUGCUGCAGCCGCUCGAUCGCGAUGAGGAGAAUCUGAGUCACAUUGUCUUUCAGGUCUCCUGCACCAUUCGUGCAACAAACAAGCGACGCAACAUUCCGAUUAUUGUGCGCGUAUCUGAUGUCAACGACAAUGCGCCGCGCUUCAUGAACACACCCUAUGAGGUCACCGUGCCGGAGAGCACUCCAGUUGGCACAACAAUCUUCCGCCACAUACAAGCGCUGGACAAGGAUGCUGGUGUUAAUGGACUCGUUGAGUAUUUUAUUGUUGAAGGCAAUACGAAUACAACCGAAGACGAGAAGAUGACAAUUGCCGAUGGUUAUGGCAUAUUCGUAAUUUCCUUUCCGCAUCAAGGGCAGGUGACUAUAGCCAAGACGUUGGAUUACGAGAAGGUGCAACGUUACUAUCUAACCAUUGUCGCAUCGGAUCGUGCGCGCAAUGUAUCUGAACGGCUCUCCUCGACCACCAUGCUGACCGUGAACAUUGCCGAUUCGGACGAUCAAGAUCCGUCAUUCAUUUAUCGCGGUUGUGUGCUACUCGAUGGCGCCUGCAUCAAUCCUGAAUAUUCGGCGUCCGUGCCUGCGGGUUCGCUGCAAGGUGUGCUCACUGUCACGCCCGAACGCAUACAGGCCGUCGACUUGGACACGAUCAGUUCGCCCAUACGUUAUUCAUUUGCCAGCGGUAUGCCCAACAAUUAUGCAGACUAUUUUGAGAUCGACGAACAAACGGGCGUGUUGAAGCAGAUCAAGGCAGUCGACACAUCGACGGCCAAGAAAUAUGACAUUGUUGUGAAAGCUGAAGAGGUAUCUAUGGCUAAACGCUUUACAACAGCUAAGUUGGUGAUCAACGUUAAACCGGUGGAUGCUAAUCCGCCAGUCAUAUCUGCCAGUGAUAUUGAAGGUUAUGUCGAUGAAAACUCACCAAUAGGCACACGCGUGGUUGAUGAAAAUGGCCGGCCCAUCUCAUUUAAAACUACAGACGCUGACUUGGGUGAAGAUGAUCCGAAACCCGACUAUAUCUAUGAGUUGACUACACCAUCUUUUAAUGUCACCAACGAUUCCAUUUUGGUUGUCAACGAAGAAGGCUUGGAUCGUGAUCCACCAGCACCUGGGCGAUACAAGUUCCAAGUGGUUGCGCGUGAGCCUCGUACCAAUGCGGCCAGUGCUCCGCUCAGCUUAACCGUGCAUCUGCGCGACGUCAACGACAACCCACCCAAGUUGGCUAUGGUACCGCCCAUCACGAUCACAGCAGGCGAUGGCCAAAGACUUGUAACUAAGGUCACAGCCACUGACAAUGACGAAGGCGCUAAUGCCAUCAUCACCUAUUCAAUCUAUCAUGUGUCCAACAAUGGCCUGCAGAAAUUUGCUAUCGAUGAAAAGACUGGUGAGAUUGAGACGAGAGGUCGCUUGCUGGCUGGUGAACAAUAUAGCAUAACUGUACAGGCCACCGAUAACGGUGGAUUGUCGUCGCAGGCUAUUGUGGAAAUCUCAGUUACACCCGGACCAAACACCAAGCCACCGAAGUUCGUCAAGCCCAUCUAUGAAGUGCAAGUAAGCGAAGGCGCCGAGAUCAAUUCCACCGUGACUGUGGUGCACGCCGAAGACCCCGAGAACGAUCCGGUGGUCUACUCGAUUAUGUCGGGCAACGACCUUCGUCAGUUCGCCGUGGGUCAGGAGAGCGGUGUCAUAAUGGUUAUACGCAAAUUAGAUCGCGAAAGUUUAACACGCUAUCAAUUAAUUGUAAAGGCCGAAGACAAUGGUGGCCUGUCUAGCAGCGCUACAGUCAACAUCAAAGUAACCGACAUCAAUGACAAGAACCCCGAGUUCGACGAAUCCACGCUGCCCUACGUUUUCGAAGUGGACGAAGGCAUAAAGGACGCUUUUGUUGGCAUCGUACAUGCAACAGAUGCCGAUGAGGGUAUUAAUGCCGAAAUUACAUAUUCUGUACCGAAUGAUAUACCAUUCUCCAUUGAUGGAAAAUCCGGCGAAAUCCGUACCGCCACGGCAUUGGACUACGAACGGCAGAAAGAAUACCGUUUCGUCGUGACGGCAAAGGAUGGUGCGCCAGAUGCGCGCCUUGGCACAGCGAGUGUUACGGUGCAGGUGCGCGAUCUGCCAGAUGAGGUGCCCAAGUUUAGCGACGCGCGUAUCGAUGUACACGUGCCCGAAAAUGAGGCUAACUAUUUAGUUGCGACCGUGAAAGCUUUCGACCCAGACACCGUGCAGCAGAUAACGUACGUUUUGCGUAAGGGUGCAACAGAUCUCUUUAAAAUAUCGCCUAAAACUGGCGAAAUACGCACCACCAACGGUUUGGACUACGAGCAAAAGAAGCAACACGAACUGGUUGUCGGUACAAUUGAAAAUGAUGGCGAUGGGCUAGGUGAUACGAUACGCAUCAGUAUCGAAGUAGAUGAUCGCAAUGAUGUUCGGCCAGUUUUCGCUGCGGUACCAGAGCCGGUGACGGUAAAUGACGAUCAACCUAUCGGCACGCGCAUUGCAACAAUGGCGGCCAUAGAUGGUGAUGGUUCGUCGCCGGGCAAUGUGGUGCGCUAUGAGAUGGUGGGACGUGGCAAAGCAUUGAAAUACUUCCAAGUGGAUGCCGACUCGGGCGCAGUUCGGAUAAGAGAUGAGUUGCGCAAGGAAGAGGACACCGAGUAUCAGGUGGACAUACGCGCCUACGAUAUGGGCGAACCCCAACUCAGUUCCGUGGCUACGUUGCCGGUCUUUGUGCGCCAUCUACUGACCGAUCCCAAUGAGGGCAACGUGGUGGAGGGUAAGAUGACUGACGGCGCGAUAAUGAGUCCCGAGAGUGUAGGUUUGGCAUUCAGCGACGAUAGCUAUACAACAGGUGUGCCCGAGACAACCGGCAUUAAUGCAACCAUAAAAGUGAUACAAGUUAUCAAUUCGAAGAAGGCGCGAGACGGCACUGCCAGUUUCAAAUGCGAGAUCAUUAGCGGAAACGAAUUGGAUUACUUCGACAUAACGACCGAAGAUCAUGGCUGCGGUGUUAGAUUGGUUAAGCACUUGGACUAUGAAAAUGCAACGGCCUACUCUUUGAGCAUCCGGCUCGUCUCGCACAAGUAUUUUGUGAAUCCGCAGAAGAGCGUGGCCGCGGUGAAAGUCAUCGUGCAAGAUGAUAACGACAAUGCACCGGAGUUCAUUUUCAAUCGUGCGUAUACACGCAAAGAUACUUUCUACGCAGUAGUGGCACCCGACACGGACAUCGAUACCGCCGUACUGCAAGUGCGCGCCACCGAUCGCGAUUCAGGCAAGUACGGCAUGAUACGUUACAAGAUUUACGAUGAGGAGGACAACACAAUCAGUGAUGAGCAUUUGCCCACAACUUAUUUUGUCAUGACCGAGGAUACAGGCAUAUUGCGCACUACUAAACUCUUCCAAGACGGCGCUACUUUCCCGAUGAUGUUCUAUGUAGAGGCGCGUGACAACGAUGGCCAGGAGUUGGGUUCACAUCACACGCGCGCACGCAUAGUAAUCAACCAGAUCACCGAUCAGAACCGCAUGUCCUUGGCCUUUUCUGAUGCAGCGCCUAAUGAAAUACGCAGCCACUACAGCGCACUGGAACAGUUGUUGGAAGAGAAGACCAAUGGGCUCAUAAGCAGUAUCGAACGUUUCAGCAAUCGCAAGCUGCUGGCGGAUAAUGGCACCGUUAUUGAAAAUCCAACAGCGACAGAUGUUUGGUUCUACCUCAUCGAUCCGAAAACCGAACAAAUACUAACACGCAACGACACGGCUGUACACGAAACGUUGCUGGAGCCAACAGCUCGUGCCGAACUCAAUUUUGCAGCAUCUGGUGUGGCGCACGCGACCGCCGAGGGCAUAUAUGCACCCAUCGAGAUGAGACAACAAGUUCACAAGGUAAAGGCAGCUAUAGCUACCAAUGACGACGUCUUCCCCUACACGCUGAUCGCGAUCUCGAUCAUCAUACUCAUACUUGGCACGAUCGGUAUUAUCUACAUUUGCAUUUCCUGGUCGAAGUACAAGAACUUCAAGCAACGCAUGCGCCAAUAUUCAGCGCCCAGUCCAACGCGCUAUGACCCAGUCAUUGUUAAUUCGCAAGCAACCAAUUCCGGCGAUACAGUCGCCAACAUGAAGGAAUACGAAACGCAAGUGCUAGCCAUGGCUGUACCACCGGAUGGAGAUGAUGAUCUGCAGCUGGACUUUAGCGCCAAGAAUCACGCUUUCUCGCUGGAUAACGUCAGCUACAUUACGCACAAAGAGAACGGCACGAGCGCCGGUCAGGCGAGUCCUUCGCACUCGGAUGCAACAACCGCCACGAUCACCACUUUGCGUCGCAACAAUAACAACAACAAUCUUAACAAUAUGGCACACAAUAACAGCAACAAUAAUAACAACAACCUGAAUGGCAUAAAUAAUCGUCAGAAUACAUUCAAUCGUACACUCGAAAUGAAUGCGCGCAACAAUGCAAAUCCUUUGGCGGCGGCCGCAAAUGGCACGUUGCCCGGCACCUUAACGUUGGGGCGACUCAAACAUCAAAAUGGCGCCAAUCACUAUCAGAAUGGUGGCUAUAAGUUGGAUGCUGUGAGUCGUAAUAACUUAGCGAAUUUACAAAACAACAGCUACAGUACCAUGGGGCGGCGGGGGAAUACAUUUGGCGGGCCAAAUGGGCUGAACGCUUUGAAUAGCAAUGGCAGCAGUGCUGAUAGCAGCGGAAAUGCUGGCGAGCUGAUGACCAAUACGCUGGGGCGCAAUAAUCAUCAGCAUCAUCAUCACAAUAGUCGCGCCUAUGCGGAUGUGCCGAUAACAAAUCCACUUUUUCAGCGCUCGAAUGGUGACCUGAGCCACAUAAGCGCCACGAAUGAAAAUGUCACAUUCGGCAAGCGCGACUAUGGUCAGCUGGGCUUCUCUUAUUUGAAUGAUUUGGACCGCUCAGAGGUGGAGACCACAACAGAGCUGUAAUCGAGCAAUAUAACGAAUGUGUUUACAGAGCGGAAAAAAACCAACGAAAAUAUACGAACAAGCGCGGAUGGCACGCGGAGGUGUGAGAAGAAUAACUAAAUUUCUUAGAGGCGAUAUUUCUGAAUAUGUUAGGACUGAACGAAUAUUUCACUUACCGCUAAUAUUGGCGUGCAAAUUAAUAUUUCGCUUUUUAUGCAUCUUCUUCGCCCUGUAAUAACUACCUAUUCGCCUUGCGAGACCGAAAAGUGACAACAACAACAUUAACACACAUAAUGCCAAACUGAUAUAUUUUAAAUAAAUCAACUAAGCACUAAUAAAUGUUCAAGUAAUAUACAUACGUAGUUUAAUAUAAAGUAUGCAAUUUGUUACAACUUAGCUGCCGUAGGUUAUGGCUUGAAGAAGUUUAUCAAAAAGCAGAGAACAUUUGCUUUUUAUGUGAGUUUAUAUGUAUGUGUGUAUGUAUGUUUAACAAAUUGUUGCCAUCAAACAAUGCACAUAUGUAAUUGAUUAGGCUAAGUUUUCGUACUAUAAUCACAUUAGUAUGUAUGUGUGUAUGUAAUAAUUUAGCAGCGUAGUGUUGUAAAUACAACUUCAAUGAUAUGUAUAAUAUUUAGUAAGUAGGUAUAUAUAUGUAUGAUAUUUUUUGUAAAUGGUUAUACUUUAGCCCUUAUAGAAUGCAGCUCUUAAAUGUAUAUUUUUUUUCUUUCAAAGUACGUUGUUGUAGAUAAAACAAAAAAAUUAUACAAAGUCAUUAGUUGUUAGUAUCAGAAAAAAACACCAAUUACUAGAAAAUAAAUAAGAAGUGAAAGCGACAUUUAUUUAAAAAAAAAAAAGCUUACGAUUUGUGUCAUUUUAGGCUGCUAUCAAAUUUCCGCAGCAAACUUCAUAACCUUUAUAAAGAAAAGGUACUUACUUAUUUCAAAAAAAUAAUAAAUAUCUCUGUUAUAUGGCAAAAUUAAUGUCUACAUAAAAUUGGUACUCUGGCGAUUUUAUUUUUCGCCUGGUGGUCUAGUGCGAGGCAAGCUAGAGUACAUACAUUUGUGUGAGGUGUUAUUGAAAAAAUCUCACGAGCGUUUUUUUUUUUUGAUUGGCACUCUCUUCUCUCGGCAGAAAAAAAAACGCUAAAGCAGUGUUCUUUCCUUUUUUCAAUCAAUGGUGUUCCAGAAAUAAGUACAAUAAAAAAAUAAAUCAAGUAUUUGAAUAUUUUUGGCCUUAAAACGUUUAUUUAGGUGAAAAAGUACCGAAAUUACACUUUUUUUAUUGUCCCUCGAAAAACUCAUAAUUGUCUUUGUUUUAAUAACUGUGGGAAGUUUUCAAAUAGAAUGUUCAUAUUAGAGGCAGUAAAAGUUGGCAUCAAACAAAACAUAUCUGUAAAGUGUCAAGAGUGUGCCACCAAAUUAAAACAAAUGGCAGCGUGCAAAAUAUCUAUCGCAGUUAUUUUGUGUUUUUUGAAAUUUAUCGAUUUUUUUUCAUUUUAAAAGUGUAAGAUACUUCAAAAUGUCCACACUAAGCAACGAAAAUAUUCGCCUUGCCAAACCGAAACAAUCUAGAGUAAUAAAACUAGUGUGGCACCAAAUAAAAAAAUUCUUGUUAUACAAUUUUUACACUCUAAAUUCACUCUAAAAUUGUUAUGUACAUGAAGAAGUUAAUGCAUAUAUUCGCGAAUAAUACUGUAAAAAAAAAUAUUCCACGCCACUAUUUAAUUACUUUUAAAUAAUAUGACUUUGAAGUUAUGGCGUGCGAGUAAACGUGUUAAUUGACUGUUUAGGGUACUACGGAGCGUAUACGUUACAUACACAACCACGGAUAUAUGAGCAGGAGUUGUUAUUUGGACUUUUUAAUAUAUCUUUUUGAAGUUUUCACUUUAAUACUAUUUCGCGAGGGAGUCUUGUUCUUUAUGCAAACCUGAAGAUAAUGCAUUGUCCAAGAUAUGUGUGCCACGUGUCAAGAAAUGUAACAACCUGUGAAAUUUUCUGAGAGCUUUUAAAAUAUUGCAAAAAAGGUGCUGAGACCAUCAAACUUUUCUUUUUUUAUAAGUAACUAUAUUUCUAAAAGUAACUUAACUUUUGUUAGUGUUUUUUGUGGUCUUUAGUUGUAUUUUGGAGUUUUUGCUAUUUUUGAGUUUUUGCAAAAUUAGUUGUUUUUUCGUUACCUCUUAGGAUUUAUCGGAAUUUUCACAACGGCAUGUACAGUUUUCAUUUGC